UUCACUUCCUUUUCAUUACAUACAGUUAUCCCUCGUCACUGCCUACCGAGAGCAUGGGGCACCCUCACAUUCUAGUAGUUACAUUUCCCAGCCAAGGCCACAUCAAUCCAGGCCUUCAGCUAGCCAAGCGCCUAGUAACCCUUGGCCUCAAAGUCACCUUUGCCACCACAAUUAGUACCCACCGCCGCAUGUCCAGAACCGAUGACUCUAAUGGUUUACUAUCUUUCGCAACCUUCUCCGAUGGCCAUGAUGAUGGCUACAACCUGCUAGGAGGUGAUUUCGCGCACUGUUUGUCGGAGCUCACCCAUUAUGGUCAGCAAACUUUCCCUAAAAUCAUACUGAGAAGUGCUAAAGACGGCCAUCCUGUUACUUGUAUCAUAUACUCCCUCCUUGUCAGUUGGGUCGCAAAGGUGGCGCGUGACUUUCACUUGCCUUCAAUAUUUCUUUGGAACCAACCUGCUACAGUUUUAGAUGUAUACUAUCAUUACUUUCAUGGCUAUGAAGGUGCCAUUGAAAAGAGCAUCAAUAGUCCAACAAUCUCUGUCAACUUACCUGGUUUGCCACCACUCAGAAGCAGUGACCUUCCCUCCUUUUUCAGUCCUAAAUCAAAUACAAAACUACAUGGUUUUGCACUCCCAGCUUUGAAAGAGCAUUUUCACAUUCUUGAUGCAGAAACCAACCCAAGAAUACUUGUUAACACUUUCGAUGAGUUAGAGCAUGAGGCACUAAAUUCAAUCAAGAAAUAUAACUUGAUUGGAGUUGGUCCAUUGAUUCCAUCUGCUUUUCUUGAUGAGAAAGAUCCAUCUGAUACUUCAUUUGGAGCUGAUCUUGUUCAAGGAUCAAACAGUUACACUGAAUGGCUCGACUCAAAGCCUAAAUCCUCUGUCAUCUACAUAUCUUUCGGAAGCAUAGCAAUGUUAUCGGAGAAACAAAUGGAGGAAACAGCAAAGGCAUUGAUUGAUAUUGAUCGUCCAUUUCUGUGGGUUAUGAGAGAAAAUGAUAUUGGAGUGAAGCAUAGAAAAGAACUGCAACAAAAAGGGAUAAUAGUGGACUGGUGCUGUCAAGUGGAAGUUCUGUCUCACCCAUCAGUAGGGUGUUUUGUGACGCACUGUGGGUGGAACUCAACCAUGGAGAGCUUCGUUUCAGGUGUUCCAGUGGUGGCUCUUCCACAGUGGUCUGAUCAAGGAACAAAUGCAAAGUUGGUCACAGAUGUUUGGAUGACUGGGAUCAGGAUGGUCCCUAAUGAAAGAGGGAUAUUUGAAGGUGAGCAAUUAAAGAAGGGUGUGCAGCUGGUCAUGGGAGAGAGAGAAAAAGCGAAAGAAAUGAGAAAAAAUGCCAGGAAGUGGAAGGAUUUGGCUAGAGACGCUGUGAAGGAGGGUGGCACUUCCGACAAGAAUCUCAAGACUUUUCUUGAUGAGAUUAUAGAAGGUUGUUAAUGAGAAGAGAAAAUCUGGUUGCUGUGCUAUCUUCAGUUUUGGGUCAGUACCAAAUUAGAAGAAAUUACAAAAUGAUUAUGCACCAUCAAUGUAAGUUCCAGUUAAUCAGGUGUGUAAUAAAAAGAACGAUAGUCUAGUCACAUACUAGACGUUAAAAGUUAAAACUUUGAGAUAGCGUUUUACUGCUCCUAA